AUGGCCAAGAAGAUGAGUCAAGUAAUCAUCUCCUACAUUCUCCCCAUCCUUCUCCUCCUCCUCCUCCUCGCCGUCGAAACUAACGCACACAACGUCACACUCCUCUUAGAAAACCAUCCUUCUUUCUCCUCCUUCAACCAUUACCUAACCCAAACUCACCUCGCCGAAGAAAUCAACCAGAGAACCACCAUAACCGUAUGCGCCGUCGACAACGCCGCCAUGUCCGACUUAACCUCCAAAGGCUACACAGUCUCCACUAUCAAAAACAUCCUCUCCCUCCACGUCCUCCUCGAUUACUUCGGCGCCAAAAAACUCCACCAGCUCACGGACGGCGGCUCAGUUCUCACCUCAACUCUCUUCCAAGCCACCGGAGCUGCUUCUAGAACCACCGGGUUCGUCAAUAUAACGGAUCUGAGAGGCGGCAAGGUCGGGUUUGGUCUUGACGGCGGAGAUAUAUCUUCCUCCUUCGUCAAGUCCAUCGAAGAAAUUCCUUACACUCUCUCAGUUAUCCAGAUAAGCAGUAUCUUACAUUCGGAUACUGCGUCGGCUCCGACUCCAGCUCCGGCCGAGAUAUUGUCGGCUCAUGGAUGA